GUCAAUUGGCAAUUGCCAUCAAUAGCCUGGACUCUAAGGUGGACCUGCUGAUCACUAAGGUGGAACAGCUGACACUAAGGCUUGAGGUCUUGGAACAGGCCCUUGAGAGGCCCCGCGUUGCUGCCCCUUCGGAAUCGGCCGUGUCUGCGGCAGGCUCCAAAAGCUCUCAGUACGACGGCCUUGCUGAGCAGAUCCCUCCUCUUCCUGGCUGGGUUUUGGACCUUUGUGUUUCUCUGCAAGACUGCUCUCUCACAAAGCGGGAGCGAGCAGAACGAGCCUGGGAGUCAGGCACCUGGGCUAGAUUUGUUUUGGAGGGCCAGAUCGGUGUUCCACGUCCAUCAAAGCCUAUCGAGCUGCCCAACAAGAUCUACGUCGUCCUGCGAGCUCCGGGAUACAGCUGCCCUCUCUUUUGUGAAUCGGCAGCGACCUACCGUGCAGUGGUCAGGGAGUUCAAAGGCACUCUCUCGCACGGGUUUCCGUCUCGUACUGAGCAGAACCCAGCGGCUGUUUACCUUUUGAAUGUGAUCUCAGAAGAGGCGGAAGAUGUAUGCACAUGCCAUGCAUUGGUUCUUAUGAAGCGAGAAGGUGGAGUCCUUCUCGCUCUACCAGCAGGCGCCCUUCCUAUGGACACUUUGCAAGCAGCUGUCGAGGCAGACCCUUUCACAAUGUAUGGGCCCCACAUCCAAACAAGUAUAAGGCUCAUGGGUCCGGGAGUGGAUACCGAGUCAGAGGAUGUGGAGGUCCUGGUGAUCGAUGCAGAUGGCGCGGUCCUGGCACAUUUGAUGCCUUUGCCAGACCCUGUGCCAGACAAUUUUGUGUCUUUUGGUCCAGACCCUGCACAGCUCCCAGAGUUCAACGGGCUUCUGCAGUUCACAAGGGAAUGGAUUGCCGGUAUGCAGGACGAGCAAACCAUGGCCUUCUACUCUGCGGUCGAAGAACCUCAGCAGAAUGGUCAGGGGGAUCCAGCUUCUCCUACAGCCACAGCAGGUCCAAAAGCAGCCACAAAGCAGAAGGCGAAACGUACAACCACCACUGCCCUAGCAGAUCAGUUGGCUCAGGUCGCAGAUGUUUUGCCCCAGCUCACCAAGCAAAUCAUGGCCCUGCAGAGAGAUCAGGAAGAGAUGAGGUCUCAAAUGGUUUUGCAGUCUCAGGCAGUUCCGCCGAGGGCCAGUCAGGUUCCAGUCUCCGCCCCAUUGAGGAGCUUUGCAAAGAUGAUGGGGAGCCCUCCAAGGACGAAGGUGAAGAUGUCUCCUCCAUUAGGAGCUGCAGAGAAGGAAACCCAGGAGGAGGGGCUCCCUCUAGAGGAUGCAGAAGGCCAACUGAGCCCGGGCGGAGGUUUCUUAGCCCAAGCUGUCCUGGAGCAGUCGAAGGCCCUCACGAACCUGGUUUCUCAACUUCAGACAGGAGGAGAUCCCUUGCUAGAUGGGCAAGCAGGGCCAUCCAACAUAGCUUUGGGGUCAAGAGGGGCUCAAGGGCGCGAAAAGUUGCAGAUGGAGCUAUCCACAAGAUCAGGAGGAUUUUUCCUGGCGGUGUUGCAGAACGCUUUCAAGAGGAUGCGGCCAGCAGCAAAGAUCCCAGUCUCAAUUGCGGCCGCCCAGGAAAUGGACAUAUCCAUGGUGACUUACUUGGAGAAGUUCGGUGGCUACGGGCAGUCGCGAGAAAUGGGAUUGGUCCAGUACUGCCUGGCCCACAUCUUCGACAAUGCGCUCCAGAACGACAUGGAUGGGGUGAGGGAGCACAUCGCUCUCCUGAUGACUGCAGUGGAGCAGGCGGUUCAGGAUGGCAACAAGUGGGAGUUGGCCUACCAGCUGACUCUGCUGGAGGAGCCCCCCUCUCAGAUGUGGGCUUACCGCCACUCCAUCACCCAAACCAGGCUGAGGGCUUUUGCCCCGUUGUGCCCGCAACGAUGGGCCACAGUUGCGUUGGCCUACGCGAAAGAAGUGGAUUUUAUACAAAAUCGGAAGAACGAGAUGAACAAGAGAUCCACUCCAUCUCAGCCUUCGCAGGAGGGCAAGGAGGAAAUGCAAACAGCAGGAAAGAAGAAGAGGACUGCGAAGUCCGGGAGGGAGGAUGGGUAUCAUGACAGAGCUCUGACGGAGCGAGCGCCAUGGCCUGAUUCUGACGAAGGCCAAAAGGAAAGCCAUGCACCUGGACCUGAAUUUGAUGCAUCUUCCUUGGAGGGAGUUCCAAUCAGUGUCUGGACAAAUGGGCACAUUAGAAGGAUCUUGCGCUCCAGGACAACUUUCUCACUUUAUUUGCUGAGGUCCUUCACCCUUUGCCGUGAGAGAUCGAGCUCUCUCGCAACCGCCUUGUUCCCCAUCCCUGUGCCAUUUUUGGGUGUUUGGGAUUGUGGCCUGAAGAAGAUGAACGCUGCAGCACGGAGGUUGGCUGCAAAGAGGAAGCUUUUGCAUGUAGCCGUGAUGGCUCUCAAUUUUAUGCAUGACAGAGCUCCUUUGAAAAGUUUGGGGCUUCUUCAGAGGCGUCCGGCCUUGCACCACAUUGCUGUGUAUGAGAGGCUGAUGACGAUCAUCAAGGCGAGCGUCCUAUCCGAAGUUGCUACAAUUGCGAGGUGUGGACGGAAGAGCCAUCAAUUAGAUGCAAGGAUUCACGAGCUGUACAAGGUGCUUGUAGAUGAGGGCCUUACUGAAAAAUCAAAGUACCACCAACUCAGCUCAGAAGCUCCUGUUGACCUUUGCAAUGACAAGGCAGAAGAGCUUCGGCCCUAUCGUUCCUUGGAUGCCUCUCGUUUGAAGAUUACAGGUCAGGGCCAGUGGGACUGCAGGCCUUUCAUGGGAAGCUUGCUGUAUAUGCCAUUUGUGGAGCCACGUUUCAAUGAGUAUGACAUUGUUCCCCCUGAUGACAUGUGUCCUGAUGUUCGACAUGAAGAUCCAUACGAGGUCGACAAGUUGGCAAAAGUUUGGGAUGCAAAAGGCCAGAACUUCAGAGAGGGGCGCCUUGGCCAUGGACCCUCUCAUGAUCUUCUCACUGGAGUCUCUCUCUUGCAGAUCAUGCCAAAGCGUUUUGAGGAGGGCCUAAAGGGGUACGUGACAGACCGCAGAGAUUUCUACCACCAGUUUCAAGCAACGUGGGAAAGGAGUUUGACGAACGUGGUCUAUCCUUUGAGGCCCUUGUCAGGUUUCAGAGAGCUUGAUGCGUUUGAGAGAUGCUUGGAAGUUUUUGGGAAGAAGAGGAGGAAACAUGAUCGUUUCAUGUCAGGAGACUUUCUCCAUGGAAAGAGGCGCAGCAUUUUGGUGGAAGAAGGCUCAAAGGUUGCAGUUUCAUUUGGGUCUCUUUUUCAAGGUGACCACCUUGGUGUUGAGUUUGCAUGUGAUGCUCAUCAAAACCUGCUCCUUCACUACGGCUUGCUCAACCCGACAUGCAGGCUGACAGCUUCUCAAGCAAUUUUGGAUGAUACAGUAGUAGAAGGUUUGGUCAUUGAUGACUACUUCGUUGUUGCCAAGCAUGUCCUUGGAGAAGCUUUGAAAACGUGUGGCGGGCAUGAGCGCCUUGUCCAAGCCAAGGCAGCCUAUGAGGAGCAGAACAUCUAUGGGUCAGAUGACAAAGAUGUUUGGGGUGAGAAGGUCUUCAAAGUUGUGGGUGCAGAAAUUGAUGCGCGCGAUGAGCUGGUGAGAAAAGGUGCGGUGUUGUGUGGAGUCCCAGCUGACAAGAGGAUGGCUUUGGCAUCUGUAUCGGCUUUGGUGUGCUCAUGGCCCUGCACCUCUGACAGCUUGCACCCCAGCAUUGUUGGGUCUUUGGUUUCUGCAUUGAUGUUCCGCAGACCUUUGAUGGCCAUCCUGAAUGAAGUUUUCCACGUGAUCCCUGCGCAUGAGCUUGAUCCUCUUCGCCCUGUGCUCAGAAAGCUCCCUCGGAAGGCAGCACAAGAGUUUGCGCUGGCGGCUGCUCUCUGUCCUAUCAUGGUUUCAAACUUGGCAGUAGAUGUGGAUAGCAAGCUCUACGCGACAGACGCUUCCAAUAGUAUGGGAGGUAUUGCCUCCACUGAAGUCCCUGACCAUGUGGCAAGGUUUCUCUGGAGAACUGCAGACAAGAAAGGGGCCAACAUCCCGAUUCUGUCCCGUAUUCAAGCCUUGAUUGCUACGUACGAAGAAGCUCCAGAGGAUUCACACUUGAUGUUGCAGCCAGGAGGGGACUGUGAACAGGUGCCCAGACCUAUUGGAUUGAGGUUUGAUUUCAUUGAGGUUUUUGGAGGAGCAGGGGUUGUGACGAAGUACUUGUGUCAGAUGAACGUCGUUUGCGCCCCUGUCAUGGACAUCUCAUUUAGCCUGCAGUAUGACCUCAUGGAUGUCAGAGUUGUGGAGUGGCUCAUUUUCAUGUUGGAGUCAAAGAGGAUACAUGCAGUGCUUUUGGCACCGCCUUGCACUACGUUUUCUCCAGCUGCUUAUCCUCCUUGCAGGUCGUAUGAGAACCCAUUGGGCUUCAACAGAAGUGAGUUCAAGGUCUACCAUGGAACCAAGCUUGCACAUGCCUCUCUUUGCAUCAUGUUCACGACUAUGCGUACAGACUCUUUAGGCCUUUUGGAGCAGCCGAGACGUUCAAAGAUGCGGUGGCUCGCUACCUGGAAGCGACUGGUGGAAAUGGGCAUGGAGGAGCAUUUUCUGGCUAGCUGUUCUUUUGGGAGCAUUCACAUGAAGGAGUUUUGUUUUGCGGCCGUGAACAUGCAAGCUGAAAGCCUUGAUAGGCCAUGCACAAGGGAUCACAACCACAUCAAGAUUGAAGGCAAGUUCACCAGACCUUCAGCUACGUAUGUGGAUGGAUUAGCAUAUGAGCUUGCCUGCGUUUUCAAGAGGAACCUUGAUGCCAUGCACAAGGCAUUGCAAGCUACCGAGGUUGCAGUUGAGGGCCUUGAGGAUCCAGUGUCAAAUGACGUUGCUCUUGCCUAUGAAUGGAAGGUCGAAGACAGCUGGAGAUGGAAGGGCAGUUCCCAUAUCAAUGUUUUGGAAACUGCCAGCACUUUGAGACUGAUGAGAAGGCUUGCGCGUGGAGGAGGAGAUGUGCGUGCCACCUAUCUGGGUGACUCCCAUGUGUCACGCUCUUGCAUGGCCAAAGGGAGGCUCAUGCCAGCCGAUCAUCCUUCCAGAGGUGCCAGUAUUCCUCCUCCAGUCCCGGCCUCAAUUGUCAAGUGCAGAGACUCUAGGCAGGCGGCAAGGGCUGGAAUAGAACUGGGCGAUGGCAGGCGAACAACAGAAGCGACAGCUGCAGCAAGGACUGACCUUCUGUCUGUGCUGUGCAACUGGCUGGCUGAAAGGGAAACUGCUUUCGAAGAUUUGUUUCUUGCAAAUCCACCUGACCUGGACAAGAUCAACCAAGUUCUGACCGAAUAUGGCAGGUGGCUGUUCAAGAAAGGAAAGCCGUAUUACCAUUACAGCGAGACCAUUAACGCUGUAUCUUCGAGAAGGCCAAUUCUGAGAAGGGCUUUGCAGCAAGCUUGGGACUUAGCUUUCAUGUGGGGAUCCUAUGAACCUACGGAGCAUCAUGUGGGGAUGCCUUUUCAGAUCUUGCUGGCGGUGCUCAGCACGAUGCUGAUAUGGGGCUGGACCCGUGAAGCUGCUUGCAUGGCCUUAGCGUGGGGUUCAUUGCUACGAAUUGGAGAGGUGUUGAAUGCGACCAGGAAGGAUCUCAUUCUUCCUGAUGAUGUUGCUGGAUCAAUAUCCUAUACUCUGCUACGUAUCAAAGAACCAAAGACGCGCUUCCGUGCAGCGAGGCAUCAGGCAGGCAAGAUGGAACAACCGGAUCUGAUUUCUGUCGUGCAGCUGGGAUUUGCGAAGCUGAAAAACAGUGAGCCGCUUUGGCAUUUGCCAGGAGCAACACUGAGACACAGGCUUGAGAAAGUCCUAGCUGCUUUGGGUCUGCCAUAUCGCUCAGGUCAAAAGCCGAAAGCCUUGACACUGGCUUCGCUGAGUGCUGGAGGUGCGACGUGGCUCAUCACAGCGACAGAAUCAGCAGAUUUGGUGAAAAGGAGAGGAAGGUGGGCAUCCCACCGUAUCAUGGAGAUUUAUCUUCAAGAAGUGAGUGCAGCGACGUACCUGAAUGAUCUGGACCGACACGUGCGACAACAAGUGUUGGAAGCUAUGGAGCUUUUUCCAGAAGUUCUGCAAAAUGC